CAGGAGCUUUAAAGGUGUCGCACGUAGUGUUUGUUACUUUCUAUAGACUGUAUCUAAAGGUGAUAAAGUUUAUCAACGCAAGUUCAGCAUUUUCGUGAUCUCGCGUGUGGUGACGCGGCGGAGUUGUUGGCGCGAUGACGUCACGUCGAUAGGGUUCUGAAACUUGCCCUAUCGGUGGUGGGAGACAGAAAAGCCCUUCGACACCACGGCUGAAGUGUUGAAGUAUGAUUUAGCAUUUAUGUCGACGUUAUUUUGGAGCACGACGGAUAACAGCAGCGAGACAACGCGGACUUUGCAAAUACGGGUUUGAAAUGGGAGAGAUGAGCGCGUGUGAGCGAGUAAGCGAAGCAUGAAGCGUAAGCGCCAGCGGCGAGCUGAAGCGAGGAAAAGGCUCUGCGCUGCAAAGAGGGAGGAGGAGAAGCCCAAAGCUGACAUUUACCUCAGGAUUACAGAUCAGCUGUAUUUCGCCGUCCUAAAUCAGAAGAUCAGGAGCACUCCUGAAAGACACUGUUUCUGCAUCGAUGAGGAAUUGUCCUAUGAAAACUUUUAUGCGGACUUUGGUCCCCUCAACCUGGCCAUGUUUUAUCGCUUCUGUUGCAAGCUCACCAAGAAGCUCAAGUCAUUAGCAUAUGCCAAAAAGAAGAUUGUGUUUUAUACCUGUGGAGACAGAAAGAAACAAGCAAAUGCUGCCUAUUUAAUAGGAUCAUAUGCUGUGAUGCAUCUCCAGAAAACACCAGAGGAAGCUUACAGCCUACUAGUCUCCAGAAACACUAAUUAUCUUCCUUUUCGAGAUGCUUCAUUUGGAACAUGCAUGUACAAUCUGAAUAUUCUUGAUUGUUUGCGUGCAGUGCAUGAGGCUUUGCAGUUUGGCUGGCUGGAUUUUUCUAACUUUGAUGUGGAAGAAUAUGAGCAUUACGAGAGAGCUGAAAAUGGAGAUUUCAACUGGAUUAUUCCUGGAAAAUUUUUGGCCUUUAGUGGUCCACAUCCAAAGAGCAAAAUCGAGAAUGGUUAUCCACUCCAUGCUCCUGAGGCCUACUUCCCAUAUUUUAGGAAACACAACAUCACCACUGUCAUACGGCUAAACAAAAAAAUGUACGAUGCCAAACGGUUCACGGAUAUGGGUUUUGACCACCAUGAUCUUUUCUUUGUUGAUGGAAGCACACCUAACGAUGCCAUAGUCACCAAGUUCAUAAACAUCUGUGAAAAUGCUGAUGGUGCCAUAGCUGUUCACUGUAAAGCUGGCCUGGGUCGCACUGGAACAUUGAUAGCCUGCUAUUUGAUGAAACACUUUAGACUAACUGCUGCAGAGGCCAUCGCCUGGAUCAGAAUCUGCCGUCCUGGUUCAGUGAUUGGACCCCAGCAGAACUUUAUUCAGGAAAAGCAGUCAAGCCUAUGGAUGGAGGGAGACUUGUAUCGACAAAAGCAAGCUGAGCAGGAAAAUGGCAGGAACAAAGCAGCUGUUACAGGAAUAUUGUCUGGAGUAGAUGACAUCUCAAUCAAUGGAAAAAAUAAGAACACUUUAAAAAAAACUGAAAUGUAUAGUGACGGAGAAGAGGAGCACAAUGGCAUCACUCAAGGCGACAAACUGAGGGCACUAAAGAGCAAACGGCAGUCAAGAGCAUCCACAGGUUCUUUAUCGGUCAUUCUGCAAUCAAGUGAACAGAGUUGUAAAUCUGUAAAAUCACAGAGUCCCUCGGAUACAGUGGAUGUUAGAAAACGAACCAGAACCUCACUAAGCUCCAACAGAGAGCGCAGCCUGUUAGUACAUUCCAGACUUGCACGGUCUUUAGGCAGUUUGCCUCUAAUGACCAGUGAAAAGAACAAUGAGUUACAUGAAGUUAACUCAAUGGCUAUAGAUAGAAUGAGCAAGAAAUCAAACAUUAAGUGCAUAAUCCCAAUCAACAGUGAACCACUUGGUCCUUCUAUUCCUUCCUCAACCCCGUCAUUUGUUCACAGCCUGAGUAUCAAUGUAUCCUGCAGUACCUAAAGCUAGAGCGCCUCUCCUGCGAUAAAUGGAUUGUUUUGGAGACCACAAGUCCAAAUAGCUUGAUAAAGAUAAAGUGGAAAACAUUUUUUUUAUUACUAUUAUUCCUUUAUUUUAAAUAUUUUAUUCCUGUGAAGUAUCAAAGCAGUCUAGUUUCGUCAAACGACAGAUUGUAUUGACAAGCUUAAAUAACUUUAUCUGCAAAAGACAUUUUGUGUUUGUACAGAAAUGUCAGAAACAAUGGAUUUUUUAAAAUAUCGAUAUUAUUAGAAAUGUUAAGUUUUUUUUUUUUUUCCUAUAUUAACAUAUUAGAAUCAUGAGUCAAGGUCCUUGUAGAAUGUAGCCUUGUCAUUAGUAUGCUUUCUUACUAAUGUUUUGGCAGCUUGGUUACCUCUGUGCCCUGCUAAAAUCUGAAGGCUACUGUGAAACUUUCAUUUAAAAAUCUGUAUUCUACGGCUGAACGCUAUGUGUAUAGAUAUAUAAAUAUUUGAUACAUCUGAAAGACUUGUACAUUUAUACAUGUAAAUACUGUGAUAACCUUUGGGUAAUUCAUGUACACUUAUACUUCCUAUUUUCUUGAGUACCCUAAUAUAUCAUGUACUAUAAAGCUUGGUUUGUAAAGGA